AUGGUCAGAGGAAGACGCUUCAACCCACCUUUAGACAAGGACGGAAGAUGGUUCCCUCAGAUUGGACUAACGCAGAAGACACCAGAAUCCAUCACAAGUGCUAUGUUGAAAGAACCCCACAGCCCACGUGUGUCUCAGCAAGUGGAGGGGAGGCUACCCCCAAUCUACAAGGUUCGAGAGAAGCAAGCGGCAGAUAACAACUUCCCCUUCUCUGUACACGACAAUCGCUACAGCUUUCAGAGCUCUGGAUGCUACCUUGACUCUGGCCUGGGACGUAGGAAGAUCUCCCCAGAGAAAAGGCAACACGUUUCAAGAAAUUUCAAUCUGUGGGCAUGUGACUAUGUCCCAUCUUAUCUUGAUGGCUUUUCAAAUAACCAAAUAUCUUAUGUCUGUCAAGAAAUCAUGGUGGUCCCAAUUUUCAGACGCUUCCCAAAGCAUUAUAAUGAGAUAUGGAACUCUUUUAAAUUUAUUCCUCAGAGAAGCUAUACAGAGUUUUUGAAAAAGAAUCCCAAAUUCAAACAAUACAGAGGAACCAGAAGUCCCCCUUGA